CGGCGUGGAGGAGAAAAGGGGAAAAGGUGGGGGUGGGGGGUGCUGAUGUAAGCCAACAAAGUCACAAUGGAGUAGUGCGGCUUUGAAAAGAGAAUAGCAGAGCUGAGCUGCUUGUCACCCAACUACGGAUGCCGACUGCUGGGAUGUUCACAUAUCCCCAUUUACAUGAAGAAUGAUCAUAAUCCUCACGAAGAGACAGGAUGGGGGGGGGCCGAGCAUCUUUUCGUGUCAUUCUCGCCAGUUCCGGGUUCUUAAUGGCAGUCGAAGCGUACCAACUUGUCGGAAUAUCACCCAGACUUCUUCUGUCCAGAUUGUGUCAAUCUCCAGCUGUUUCCUGAUUUCCUUCCCUCUAAACUGCCAUUAUGUCACUGCUGACGCAUGUGCUGGCAUGCUUGUUUGGCAUGGGCUCCUGGGUAGCCAUCAACGGAAUGUGGGUGGAGCUCCCACUGAUCGUACCACAGAUCCCAGAGGGUUGGUACCUGCCAUCCUACCUCACUGUCCUCAUCCAGAUGGCCAAUGUAGGACCCCUGUUCAUCACCCUGAUGCACCGCUUUCGUCCAGGUAUGCUGGAUGAGCGGCCAGUUGUCUACUCCAUUGUGGUGUUGGGGAUCAUUGCCACGUUCCUUUUGGCUUUUUUUUGGAAGCACACCGUGACAGUAGGGGGCGCACUGCACAGUGUGCCCCUUUUGAUAUUAUGCUUCCUGCUGUCUGUCGUGGACUGCACCUCCUCUGUAACUUUCCUGCCUUUCAUGAUGCGCCUGCGCCCCCAAUACCUCACCACUUACUUUACAGGCGAAGGACUCAGUGGACUGGUGCCUGCCCUGGUGGCUCUUAUUCAGGGCGUUGGUGUCGUCCAUUGUCAGAAUGCCACUUUUACAGACACAUUCAACCAAACAUCCCCUGGGAGUGGGGAGCUACAAGCCAUCUAUCAACCAUCCAAAUUUUCUGCCCAGAUCUUCUUCCUGUUUCUCAGUGCAAUGAUGGUCGUUUGCCUGAUAGCCUUCACUCUACUCAAUCAUCACCCGGCUGUGGCUCGGGAAAAGAAAAACGACAUGUAUUUUAGUGAAGAAUUGACGCCUGGCAAGAAAGAGCAAGGUUUCUCUCUGCAUGCUCAAACACCGGAGCAAAAGCCAAUGAUAGAUCCAUUAGAAUCUUCAAAAAGGGAACCUCGCAGCUCCUUCGGGAAAGGCACUUACAGCAACUUUGAGGUCUUUUUUAUAUUUGUGGUACUGGCAUGGGUGAAUGCUCUGACCAACGCGGUGCUGCCAUCGGUACAGUCUUACUCCUGUCUGCCGUAUGGGAACAAAGCCUAUCAUCUGGCUGCCACCAUGGCAGCUGUCUCCAACCCAGUGGCCUGUUUCAUUGCCAUGUUCAUGCCUAUCAGGUCACUCGUCUUUAUGUGUUUUCUGACUGUGUCUGGGACAGGAUUUGGAGCCUACAUAAUGGCAAUGGCUGCCCUAAGUCCUUGCCCUCUGCUGGUCCACAGUUUUUCAGGAACUGUUGUUAUAGUGCUGGUUUGGAUCCUGUUUGUUCUCUGUCUGUCCUACGUGAAGGUCAUUAUUGGGGUGAUUCUCCGAGAUGAGGGCCACAGCGCUCUCGUGUGGUGUGGAGCAGUAGUCCAGCUGGGUUCUAUGGUUGGUGCGUUGUCCAUGUUCCCACUGGUCAGUGUCUAUGGACUUUUUAAAUCAGGUGAUGCUUGCAACACAAGGUGUCCCAUGUAGUCAGGGAAUACAUUAAAAGCACUGCUGUAAAGGACAGAAUUAUGAGUUGCACUUAUACCAUACAGUACUGCCACUGGCAUAUUAGUAAUAGUGACCUCAUCAAAGUCAUCAGCCUCACAUAUUCCAACUUUGAAAGAGUGGUCCAAAGUUUGUCUUUUUGUUCCAACAGACUUGUUACUAAUGUAAAUAAGAAUAUUACAAGUUACACACUUUUGAGAGGUCAGCUAUCAAACUGAAAUAGUCAAUGAAAUGUGAACAUACUAAUAUGUUUUUCAGUGUGGACUACUAAGAUGUUACAACUACUAAGGCUCAUUUGUAUUUGAAGUUUUGAAAAUUAUGAUUUGCUUAAAAUGAUUUGCUUUGUAAAUUUGAGUUGGUUGGAGAUACUGUUCGAAUGAAUAAAUAAAACAAUUAAAUCUU